AUGAACAGUAGAUCUUGAUGUGAGAUAAAAAGGCAAAGGGGAUGGAGAGUAAGGUUUUAGAGAAGUGUUGGUUGUUUUUGGCUAUGGAGAAUUGUUAUUGUGCUGGUCCUCAAGGGGCAACCUGGGCUCCCUACAACUCUGCUGCACUGAGCAAUGAGUCUUCCAGCUUUCCACUUCCAUGGCCUCCUCAUGCCUCCAGCUCUACCCAAUUCCAGUUUUGUGGGUUCCCAAAUUCUUGGUCCGCAACAGCUGAAGGUGCUGAUGAAGAAGACAGAGCUGCAAGUGCUUCAAAGAGCCACAGCCAAGCAGAGAAAAGGCGCAGAGAUAGAAUCAAUGCACAGCUUGCAACUCUAAGGAAACUAAUUCCCAAGUCCGACAAGAUGGACAAGGCGGCUCUGUUGGGAAGUGUGAUCGAUCAUGUGAAGGAUCUAAAGCGAAAAGCAAUGGAAGUCAGCAAAGCCUUCAUGGUUCCAACUGAAAUGGAUGAAAUAACCAUCGACUCUGAUCCUGCUCAGGCUGCUGCGAACUCCAGCAGCAACAAUAUUAAUAUGAACAAAAGCAGGUGCAGUAUCGUCAUAAGGGCAUCUGUUUGCUGCGAUGACAGGCCAGAACUGUUCUCGGAGCUCAUUCAAGUGCUCAAAGGCCUAAAGCUGACAGCAGUGAGAGCAGACAUGGCAAGUGUGGGUGGCCGAAUCAAAAGCGUUUUGGUCCUCUGUAAAGAUAGUGAAGAAGAUGAGGCUCUCUGCAUAAGCACUCUCAAGCAGUCACUUAAGUUGGUUUUGAGUAAAAUUUGCGCAUCAUCUAUGGCACCAAACUGUCGAAUUAGAAGCAAGAGGCAGAGGUUUUUCUUGCCAUUUCAAUACCCAAAUUAGAUCUUAUUUUGUUCCCAAGAUUUUUUGAAGUGUGUGAAUCAAGUGAUUUAUAGAGUACAUUGAGUCUCUAUUCUUUUCUUUGUGUUCUUCCCUUGGGAGACAUGCUUCAAUCAUGGAUUGUAUUGACAUGUGGAGAGAUUAAGCUAUAAGCUUGGUGGCAUGCAUAAGGCAAUAAGGCAACUGUGGGCACAACAAGGAAGGAGCAGGAGGUGAUAUAUCAUCUGUGGCUUCCUACCAUAUUGAAGAAGAGAAGUUUGCAUGAUUAGAUUGAACAAUAAAUAUAUAUGAUGUUUUGCUUAUUUUUGCCAAGUUGCAUUAGCUGGCAUCUUGUAAUUGUACGCAAUUUUGGAAUUCGAUAACAAAUAAUCGCAUUUCUGUUAUUUUGGCCUAA